AUGAUUGUGGAGACGGCCCAGCUCCUCUGCAACGUGCACCAUCGGUCCCGCGAGAAGGACGCACCUUGCGAUCCUCCGUACACGAAGCGCGACCGCAUUCCCUACAAGGAGUCAGCUGCAGGGCACAGGAAGCUGGGCUCUAUGAUUUGGGUUGCCGAAUCUCUGGGCAAUUAUCGCUGGGCUGUACGUCUUGGUCUUGCAUUAUGUCGGGAAUACAAUCGGGGCCGUGGUCGAGCCAAAGGGAAGCGAACGCAGCACCGAACGCAGGCCGCGGCAGUGUGCGGGUGGAAGUGGAUUUCUUGUAAGAGGGAGGCCUUGGAGAAGCUAGGCAUACGUAGGGAUCAGCUAUGGGGAGUGUAUGCAGGCUUCCCAUAUUCUUGA